AUGGCUCAUUCAGUUGAACCAAAUGGCACAGAAUCGAUGAGAACAGCAGAACCCGUGUUGGAAGGAAGCGUCGAAUCAGCCUUGGAGCGUCUUGGCUCCGGUAAAAGUUUGGGACCGAGUGAUGAAGGAGAGGAUGAUUUGGAUGAAGCAAUAGCGAAGGGAUGGGCUGCUAUAUAUGGACUGCCUACUCCAGAAAGGUUAAGAUCAUCACUGUUUGACGAGAUUGAUGAAAAUGAAGCCAAUGGUAAGGAUAAGCGGGUAGUUGAUGUCACCAAGCUUGGUGCUUCGGAAAGGCAUAUGUUCAUUGAUAAGCUUAUUAAACACAUUGAGCAUGACAAUCUUCGUCUGUUGCAAAACAUCAGGAAAAGAAUUGACAAAGUUGGUAUCGAAUUGCCCUCAGUUGAAGUAAGAUACAGCGAUCUACAUAUAGAAGCUGAGUGUGAAGUUGUUAGCGGGAAACCUCUUCCGACUCUUUGGAAUUCUUUCAAAAGUCUGCUUCUGGACCUUACAAGGCUUCCUGGUUUGAAGUCAGGAGUAUCCAAGAUCCGUCUCAUUGAUGGUGUUAGUGGUAUCAUUAAACCUGGAAGAAUGACUCUGCUGCUAGGUCCUCCAGGAUGUGGGAAGACCACUCUAUUGAAGGCUCUUUCAGGGAAUCUGAGCAAAUCGCUUGAGAUAUGUGGUGAUAUAACAUAUAAUGGCUACAAAUUGUCAGAAUUUGUGCCUCAGAAAACGUCCGCGUAUAUAAGCCAAAAUGACUUGCAUAUUGCUGAAAUGACUGUUAGAGAAACACUUGAUUUUUCGCAACGUUGUCAAGGUGUUGGAAGUAGAGAAGAUACAUAUAUGAAGGCAAGUUACAUCGAAGGUCAAAAGACAACGCUUCAAACAGACUACAUUCUAAGAAUACUUGGACUUGAUACUUGUGCCGGCACACUCGUUGGAGAUGCCAUGAGGAGAGGCAUCUCUGGUGGUGAGAAAAAGAGGUUAACAACAGGUGAAAUGGCGGUAGGUCCAACGAGAGCAUUUUUUAUGGAUGAAAUAUCAAAUGGAUUGGAUAGUUCAACAACAUAUCAGAUCCUAGCUUUCUUUCAGCAGCUAGCACAUAUUACAGAUGCAACCAUACUUGUCUCGCUUCUUCAACCUGCUCCGGAAACAUUUGAUCUCUUUGACGAUGUGAUCUUGAUGGGAGAAGGUAAGAUUGUCUAUCAUGGACCUCGAACCCAAGUCCUGGAAUUUUUUGAGAGUUGUGGAUUUAGGUGUCCUGAAAGAAAAGGUGUUGCAGAUUUCCUACAAGAGGUGUUGUCAAGAAAGGAUCAAGAACAAUACUGGUUUGACAGUGAAGAAACAUACAGUUAUAAAUCUAUCAAUGCACUAUCAAGGAAAUUUCAUGAAUCAUCUCAUGGAAAGACACUUAACAGACGACUUUCUUUGCCAUUUGUAAAGUCCAAAUUCUACACAGAUGCUAUUACUUUUACUUCGUAUUCCCUUCCUAAGUGGGAACUAUUCAAAGCCUGCUUAUCAAGAGAGCUCCUGCUCAUGAAAAGGAAUUCUUUUAUCUAUGUUUUCAAGUUUGUUCAGAUUCUUUUCAAUGCAUCCAUCACUAUGACUUUAUUUUUACGAACAAGGAUGAAAGUGGAUCUUCUUCAUGCAAAUUAUUACAUGGGAGCUCUAUUUUAUACAAUCACCAUCUUUGUUUUAAAUGGAUUUCCAGAGCUAACACUCACUGUUGCAAGGCUUGGAGUGUUUUACAAACAAAGAGAUCUAUUCUUCUACCCGACUUGGGCAUACGCGAUUCCAACUGCCAUUUUAAAGAUUCCGCUCUCAUUCUUGGAAGCGGUAGUUUUUACUUGCUUGACUUAUUAUGUCAUUGGAUAUACUCCUGAGGUUGGCAGGUUCUUCAGCCACUUAACUGUAUUGUUCCUUGUUCACUUGGCUUCUGUCUCCAUGUACCGUUUUAUCGCCUCUGUAUGCCGAACUCUUAUUGCAGCCACAAUGGCUGGUAGUUUGCUGCUGUUAUACGCCUUUGUAUUCCUCGGCUUCAUAAUGCCAAGAUCUUCUAUGCCAACUUGGUUGAAGUGGGGCUUUUGGGCUUGUCCGUACUCAUAUGGUGAGAUUGCCAUUACUCUAAAUGAAUAUCUUUCCCCAAGAUGGAAACAGAUGCUUCCAUCAAAUUCAACUAUUGGACGGGAAACACUUGAUGUGCGAGGGUUGAACUUCAGCGAAAAUAUGUUCUGGAUUUCGCUUGGUGCUUUAUUAGGCUUCACUUUGCUAUUCAAUAUUGGAUUCACAUUGGCAUUAACUUUCUUACAUCCUGUUCAUCCUCGCGCUAUUAUUUCAAAGGAAAAAUUCUUUCAAUUAAAGAAAUGCAGUGAAGUAGAGGAAGCAGAAGUUGUCGAGAAGGAGUCAAAGAGUUCAUCUAUCAGCAUUGUCGCUGGAUUGCAACAAGGAAACAUGGUGUUACCGUUUGAGCUGUUAACUGUAGUGUUUCAAGAUCUGCAGUAUUAUGUUGAUGCACCCUUGGCUGUGAAAGAGCAUGGCACCCCACAGAAAAGGCUCCAACUUCUUCAUGAUAUUACUGGUACAUUUAGGCCUGGAGUUCUUACUGCGCUUAUGGGUGUCAGCGGAGCAGGAAAAACCACUCUCUUUGAUGUAAUUGCUGGCAGAAAAACUAGUGGCACUGUUGAUGGAAACAUACAAAUUGGUGGAUUUCCAAAAGUUCAAAAGACGUUCACUCGGAUCUCAGGCUAUUGUGAGCAAAUCGAUAUACAUUCACCACAGAUUACUGUCGAGGAAUCAGUAAUCUUCUCAGCUUGGCUACGCCUUGAUCUAAGUAUUGAUUCGAAGACUAGAUCUGAGUUGGUGGGAGAUGUACUUAAGACCAUAGAACUUGAUGAGAUCAAAGAUUCUUUGGUUGGCGUUCCAGGAGUUACCGGUUUAUCCACUGAACAACGCAAGCGACUCACAAUUGCUGUGGAAUUGGUUGCUAAUCCAUCAAUUAUCUUCUUAGAUGAACCCACAACAGGAUUGGAUGCAAGAGCAGCGGCUAUAGUGAUGCGAGCCGUAAAGAAUGUUGCUGCCACAGGGAGGACAAUAGUUUGUACUAUCCAUCAGCCAAGCAUCGACAUAUUUGAAGCGUUUGAUGAGUUGCUUCUACUCAAAUCAGGUGGGCGCAUGAUCUACUGCGGGCCAUUGGGUCAGCACUCUUGCGAAGUCAUUAAGUACUUUGAGGGAAUCUCUGGAGUGCCAAAGAUACGGAACAAUUAUAACCCAGCAACAUGGAUGUUAGAGGUUACUUCCAUAUCAUCAGAAGCUGCACUGGGUGUAGAUUUUGCUGUUGUCUACAAGAAUUCUUCUUUAUAUGAGAAUAACAAAGCACUUGCAAAGAGGCUGAGUUCCCCACCUGCUGGUGCUAAACCUUUGGAGUUUCCAACAGAGUUUCCGCAAGAUGGUUGGGGACAAUUCAAAGCUUGUCUUUGGAAGCAACACUUUUCUUACUGGAGAAGCCCUUCUUACAACUUCACGCGCUUCGUGUUCCUUACUAUCACAUCAUUGGUCUUGGGAGUAUUAUUCUGGAAGCAAGGUCAAAAAAUAGAAAACCAGCAGAGCUUAUUCAAUGCGCUUGGUGCAAUAUUCACCGGAGCAUUGUUCCUUGGAUUUAACAACUCCUCUUCAAUCCUGCCAUAUGUUAGCACUGAACGAUCUGUUCUAUAUAGAGAAAAAUUCGCAGGAAUGUACGCUCCUUGGGCGUACGCUCUAGCUCAGGUCGCAAUUGAGAUUCCUUAUAUAUUCCUCCAAGUAGUGGCAUCCACACUGAUUACAUAUCCGAUGAUCGGAUUCUAUGUGUCAGCUUACAAGAUUUUCUGGUACAUGUUUUCCAUGUUCUGCACAUUGUUGUACUACAACUAUCUCGGCAUGAUGAUGAUCGCGAUGACUCCGAGCUUCCCCCUGGCUGCAAUCCUACUGUCAACUUGCUACAAUCUGUUCAAUCUUUUCGGUGGAUAUCUGAUUCCCCAGCCACAAAUCCCGAAAUGGUGGAUAUGGUUGUACUAUUUGAACCCUACAUCUUGGACCAUGAAUGCAAUGUUUACUUCUCAAUAUGGAGACAUUCACAAACCUAUGUUGGCAGAGAGUCCUUGCAAGUAA